UCAAGUACCAUUCUGAGUGCUUGCGUAAAUUUGAUAAAAGAUUAAAUAAAUAAAUUCUGCGUUGGUCCCUAAUUUCCUGUACGUUCCAGUAGCUGGAUGCUGAAAUGUUACAAGUUGUGCCGCCUUUGAGCUUGGAAACCAGUCGAGAAAGAGACUAGGGCCUAAGUGUUUAAACGCAAGGGAAACGAGUGAACAUUUAUACCAGUUACUGGAAUAAGGAGAGCGGGGGAAACAGUCCCUUCUCGGAAAUGUGUGUAUUUGUGGCCAGAGACCACGCAAUUUACUCGGGAGUGGCAACAGUUGCCAAGCGGUCCCAGGAACUACAGUGAAGAUCAGUCGCUAUCAGACUAGCCCAUUGUUUAAAGAACACCAUGACAGUUCCAAGGUCUGUGAGCUCCUUUAUCAACUUUAUCAUUGGAAUUGUGAUCGGAGUUUUCAUCUGUUCCUAUUUUGUUAACAAGGCCACAUUACAUAUUCAACAUCACAUACAGAUUAAUUACAGACAUCGCAACUUCCAUUAUUACCAUUCCCUUGUGAAAGGAAUGAUGAAUUGUACUUCAAUAAGGAAUGAGUCUGUAGCGGAUGAUCUGCACAAGAAAGUGCGCAUCCUUUGCUGGGUGAUGACCGCACCCAAGAAUCUGGAAACUAAAGCCAAGCAUGUCAAAGCCACCUGGGGCAAGCGCUGCAAAAUUUUGCUAUUCAUGAGCUCAGAAAGCAAUCCAGAUUUUCCUACCAUUGGCCUGGAAACGAAAGAGGGCAGGAAGCAGUUGUACUGGAAAACCAUUAAAGCUUUCCAUUAUGUGCACAAACACCACAUCAACGAGGCUGAUUGGUUUCUGAAGGCUGAUGACGACACCUAUAUUGUCAUUGACAAUCUCCGAUUGCUUCUCUCCAAGUACAACCCCAAUGAACCUGUGUACCUGGGCAGGCGCUUUAAAACAUUCCUCAAACAGGGUUACAUGAGCGGAGGACCUGGCUAUGUUUUGAGCAGAGAAGCUCUGAAUAGGUAUGUGGCCGCUUUCAGAGAUAGGACCUGCAAUCAUUCUUCUCAUGUUGAGGAUCUAGCAUUAGGGAAAUGUAUGGAAAUACUUGGAAUUACGCCUGGAGACUCCAGAGAUAAUCACUUAAGAGAGACAUUUUUACCUCUUACACUGUUGAGUCACUUGAUAAAACGCUGUCCGGACCUCAGCUUCUGGUAUUGGAAAUUCAGCUACUACAAAGCUACAAAUGGUCCCGAGUGCUGCUCUGACUUGGCAAUUUCCUUUCACUAUGUAAGCCCUGAGAUGAUGCACGUUCUGGAAUAUUGUAUCUAUCACCUGCAUGUUGUGGGAUACAAAUCCAGAAAAAGAACUGAUUUCCCAGGUCCAUCCGAAACAUUAAAGGAAGGGAAGGACCAGGGAGAGAGGUAAAACUGGCAUGACCUACAUGGGAGUCAAAGGUCAGUUUUAUCUCCAACUUAAUUGAAGAUGAAGUCCAGUGGCAGAUAUCACAUACCAUAUACAAUGAACACUGACAGCAACUUAUACAGCACCUUUUAACAUGGGCAAACAUCCCAAGUUAAUUCACAGAAGUGCUAACAAUCAAAAUUUGAUAGUUCCGAAGAAGAGUCACACUGAACUUGAAACGUUAACUCUAUCUCUGUCUCCACAGAUGCUGCCAGUCUAUUCUUACUAAUUUCAUGUAUGUAAGCCUCUGAGGUUCCUGUACUGAAGUCGAUGCUAUAAAUGAUGUUGGCUGGACGAUUGCCGUGCAUGGACCAUCCGAGUUUCUGGGUUUCUCCAGUAUGUCCUGCUUUUUUAAAUUCAAAUUUCCAACAUUGGCAGUAUUUUGCUAAAUGUUGAUAUUGAACACAAAAUAAAGGGGACAAAUGACCAAAAGGAAAGAAGGACAAAGAGGUUUAGGACAGAGUUCCAGAACCUGGGAGCCAAGCAGCUGAAGAUGUAGUAACUAGUGGUGGUAUGAUUAAAAUCAGGAAUGCACAAGAGGCAAAUGUAUUCUAUUUCACAUUAUCACUGAAUCAUCAAGAUGGUUGCUUCUCCCAUUGGUACCAUUCUACUCAAGGUGGCUUGUUACUUGUUGCUUAGGUACAAUAUCAAACAUCAGCCAUUUUAUCCUUGAUUGAGAAUGUGUUGCCUGUCGAACAGAGUCAAGAGCUCUUUCAUGCUGAAAAUUGCAAUUUAUGUUAUUGGCAACAAUCUGCUGAUGUGAGUGCCAGAUAUCUAAGCACUCCACUGGUGAAAAAAAAAUCAGACAAAUUCAUACCUGAUCUGAAAUGGUGUCACAAUCACAAUAAAAUGUAGCAGAUUAUUUUCUUGCUAUACAAAUAGAAAUGUACCUUGUGGUAAUGUUGUCAUUUACUUUUGGUAUCUGAGACUAUCUUAGGUGUUAGGAGAGAGAGUCCCUCGGAAUGUUUCAGUAUUUGCAGGCCUUUUGGAAUAGGUUGUUUAUUUGUAUGGGAGUGGCCAAUAUUUUUUUCAAGGUCUCUUGGAAUAUAUCCAUAUUGAAAGGGAGUCUCUCAGUAUGGGUUAGUGCUUGUAGGGUGUCUGCUGGAGUAAAGCAGAAAUACUUGAAAAUGAGAAAAUAUUUAAAUGGAAAAUAGAUAUAGAAACA